AUGCAGACCACCGACCCUAGCCUUCUCUUUCAGACAUCUCAACAAAUUGCUGAUGCUUCCAACCUCGAGCGCAAGAUUGAGGCAGCGCAGAACAUUGGGGACCCUCUGAAGCUGGGCAGCAAGAUCCUGGGCUUGAUCAUUUCAGAGGACGACGCUUGGACCGCAGAAUCGGGCUGGCAAGCUCGAUGUGUUAACCUCACAUCGGGGAAGACUAAGAGAGUCUACAAAGGCCACAAAGGCCCCGUAACUUCAAUUUGUCUUUACCAGGUCCAGUCCGUCGACCGCAGCCCAUGGUUGGCGCUCCUGACUGCUUCGUGGGACAAGACGGUGCGAGUGUGGGAUGCCAAGUCAGGUGAACAGCGGUUUGUCUUGGAGGGCCACGCGGACUUCGUAAAGUCGGUGACCAUUUUGCCUACAAAUCCUCCCCUCCUUCUGUCCACUUCCUCGGACAAGUCCUGCCGUCUCUGGGACUUAUCUCCUCUUCGGACAGGGGAUUCUCCCGUUGCUCUCCAAACUGUUAAAGAUCACACUCGACCCGUGGAGACGGCCGCGUUUCGCAUCCCGGACGACCCUGCGUCGCCUUUAACCGUGUGGACGGCUGACUCAAUGGGUGUCAUUAAGGAGUGGAAGAUACCGCAGGUUGUGCAAGGCCUGAGCGCCCCCUUGGCUUUCUCUCGCAAUCUUCCUGGACAUGAAACCAGUGUCUCGCAGCUAGCCGCCGUCGAUGAUGGACUAUGGAGUGCUUCCAUGGACUACAGCGCUAUGUUUCACGGCUCGCCUUCGGCAACGCUCGUACACCCUCGAUACGUCAAAUCCGUCCUUCCAUUCCCUGACGGUAUGCCUUACAUCUUGACAGGCUCGGAAGACCAGCACAUUCGGGUUUGGGAUGCAUCAAAUCUGGAACGCACCAACAAGACGCCACUGUCCGUUGUCAUCGGUCAUUGUGGAGAGGUUACUGCAUUUGCGCUUUGGGCCUUCGAGCAGGACGGACGUCACGAGGUGAAGGUUGUUUCGGCGAGCCUGGAUGGAACCUUGCGACGAUGGUCCAUGAAAGAGCUGCUGGAUCCGCCCAAGCUCGACUUCAAGCCCCAAACGAUGGAAGCGCUGAUGACCGAGGAGGAGGAGAGGGAGUUGGCCGAGUUGAUGUCGGACGAUGACUAGCUCAUGACGUUCGUAAUCUCAAACCUCGGAUGGUAGACGUCGCAGUUGCG